ACGUUAAAUGUUUGAUCAGAAAUGUAUCAGUGGCUCUUGUGGUGCAUUUAUUCGGUUAGUUAUAAAACAAAGUUAAAUCAAUAUGAAGGCUGAAGCUGUAAAUGAAGAUGUAACAAAUGUGUCAAUACAAAUAUCUUCUCCCUGGGUGGUUAUCUUGGCCUCACUUACGUGACCAGAAUAUCGCGGCCGCGAGCUUGGGUGACGCGGUGUUGAUGCGCGUGAACUGACGGCAUCACCUCGUGAGCGCGCAAGAGCAGCAAUGGCCGCUUUGGAUCGGCGAAAUCCUAAUCUCGACGAUUUUGUCGGAUUAAACUGGAGUUGUUGGGUAGAAAGAGUGAAUAUUUUACCAUCUGACGCUGGGUCUAAUGUCGACGACAGUGGCAAGCAUGUCAGAAACCCCCCUGAGACCAUGACCCUCAAGAAAGAAGAUAUGCACACAUUUGGGCACUGCCCAGCACACGACGACAUCUAUCUGGUGAUGUGCAGCCACUGCGGCCAGGUGGUGAAGCCUCAAGCCUUUGAGAAGCACUGUGAGAGGCGGCACGGUCCUCUCCCUAAGAUGCGUGGACAGUCUCCUGCUUCAGCUUCCCAGCAGCGCCGUUGUCCUGCACGCACUCCAGCAAAUCACACCUCCUCUAGAGAGAGGCGGAAAGAUGGCAGAUGUCAUGAAGCCAGUGUCCCAUCCUCCUCCUCCUCCACAGCAGCUGCAGCCCCGGUGCACCAGCACAGGCCUGGCAAGGCCCAGCAGGACGCAGUGAGUUCUUGUUCAGUGGAAAAGUUUCCCCACGAGAAGUCUCCCCUCCCACACCACUCGUCCUCCACGCCUUGCUCCAACGUCCCUCCACGGCACUCAGGAGCCGAAUUGCCCUCAGUGCAGAAGCCCACAGCUUCGCAGUCCCGCGGGUCUCGUGGUCCUCUGCGGAGAACGAGAACCUACAGCCGGACUUACAAAAACAUCAGUAAGAAAAAGUGUGACCUGAACAAACCGUGUGGGGUUCUGGAUCCAGAGAGGAAGGAGCUGUGUAGCCAGGAGCUUAUAUGCAACACGGAUUCUAUCCACCAGCAGCAGAAAGCUUUGGGAAGGACUAAGACCUUUGAUCAACUGACAGAGGAGCAGAAAACGCCUUCUGCAGAUGGAGAUACGGAGCAGCUUCUUGUCAACGAGCAACAACAGCCACUUCAGACUAGUAUAACUUCUAACAGCAUUCUCAGGUCCGGAGUCCCAUCAGAAAGCAUUCCAGAGGCGGAAGGUGAAAGCUCGGCGGAAGUGGAGGCACAGCCUCAAAUUCCCUUCAGCAGGAGCAUGGUUUCAGGGGAGGAGAGUGACGACGGGAGGCAGCAGGAAGCCGUAGACCUGUCGGCCACACCCUGGCACCCCAAACCUCUCGGGCUAUGCACUUUUGGAUGCCGCACGUUAGGCUGCAGCAUCUUCACCUUCAACCGCCGAUGGCACCAUCUGCGGUUUGCCCUCGGGGCCAUGUUGGAACGCCAUGUCAGCACACACUUGUGGAAGAAAAUGCCUCAAGUAUCGUCAGGUCUCCGGUCCUGCCAUGUCACACAUGCCACCGUGGGAUCACCUGUCAGGACUGCCACACCCACCAAAUCGACAGUCUCCCUCAGCCUCAAAUCUACCUCACUUGGACCACUGGAAACCAAAACCAGUCAGCACAACACACAGAGUACCAAACCGCCGUCUUCCACCACAUCUGUGAGAUUUAUGCAGGAUGCAAGUGCAGCACAGAAAGUUGUUCACAUCGGUGAGGAAAAAGCCUCCAAAUAUAUCAGGGGUCCCGUGCUAAAUGAGAAGGGCCAGCCACAUCUCCCUUCCCUUCAAGGAACAGUGAAUGGCACCUUCUCACGCAAAAAGAAGCCAUGCCUUCCUCUCCACGCCCCCCGCAGCCGAGGGAGGCCUCUGGGGAUUCAGCAGAAGGUGGUGGGCUACGACCAGAGAGGUCCUGCCCAAAAGCGCAAAGACGGCAGUGAAUCUCAGCCCCUUGGCUCCAGAACCAAGUGUCAACGCUUGUCCUCCCCUCCCCAGAGAGGAGAGAAGAUGGAAAGAAUAACGGGGACGCGCACGCUUUGGGCCUGGAGAAAAGAUCCAACCCCUGAAAAGUCUUCCCCUUUUUAUGCACAGACAUCAGGAAUAAUAUUGGUCUGCAUGUUACCAUAUGUAUAUAUUUUUGCAAACAGCCUAUUUUUCUACGUGACUAAAUGUCUGUUUGUUACUUGUGUAAUACUGUGAAAAUACCUCAAACUACUUUGUCAUGCUGCUAAAAUGAAAAGUGAUAUCAUGGCAAAAAAGUAAACAAUUCUUGAAUCCUCCUUGUCCUGUGUCUUCUGUACCAAUAGACCAUUGGAGAUGGUCAAAAUGCACGUUUUUUAGGUUUAGUAUAC